AUGCGCGCUCCUCAGUCUUUAUUUUUAUAUAUAUGUUUCCGUUUUGCAUAUCAUGUUCUGAUUUUCGCUUUUCAUGAUUGCUUCUCAGUGUCGCCAUGAAAAGAAGAAGCGGUUUAAUUGGCUCUGUUAGGGCUACCAGAAGAGUCAAAUGGGUAGCAGUAGCAGAGAAAGUUGAUGAUGAGCCAGAAAGUCAACAACUUGGGCUUUCUUGGGCUGAUCUACUUCCACUUGACAUCAUUGCUCACAUUCUUAUGAGACUUCCCAUUAAGUAUGUUUUCAUCUGCAAAUGUGUAUGCAGAAGUUGGAAAGCUAUGAUCUCAGACCCAUAUUUUGCAAAAUUACACUUUCAGCAUGCCCCAUUUGGUUUCAUGAUUCGGAUAUUUAGUGGGGACCGAAUGUCAAGAAUCCUGCACCUUGCUGAGUAUGAGCCUGAAAAGUUUGAAAAUGUUGAUGAUGAUCAAUUAUGUGGCUGUGGGGACUUCUUCAUGAAACCUGAAUGCAACAAUCACUUGAAGCUUGAGCAUAAAUUCAUGCUUCCUCUUAGCAGUGCUAAUAGAGAUGAGACCAAGAAAAGAGGUAGACCAAGGCGUUGCAAUCCAAAAGAUGAUACGUUACGUAUGGUGAAUUCUUGUAAUGGAUUUCUUUGCUUGUGUGAUUUGACGGGAGUCUAUUUUGUGGUUUGCAACCCAGUCACAGGUGAGUUCAUAAGACUUCCGAAAGCUACUAGAAUUGAUUUAACUAAUAAACCCUUAGAACAAAAAUUAUAUUUUGGUUUUGGUUUCCAACCCAAAACUAAUGAAUAUAAGGUGGUAAGAAUACAUAGACGCUGGGGUGGGCGGGAUCGUGAAAAUAUUAUGGAAUUUGAAAUGCACACGCUAGGAGCAUCAACAUGGAGGAAUCUUGGAGUUGUUUAUACGUAUUUUGAUCAGCUUAGGUUUCCUACUUGUGUGAGUGGGGCACUUCAUUGGAUCGGUUCUUAUCAAACAAAAUUAACAAUAUUGUGUUUUGACUUUGAAAGUGAUGAGGGGAUCAAAUCCUUCCCUUCUCCUCCUCAUUUAUCUAAAAAUAAUAUAGCGAAUAUCACCAUGGGAGAAUUAAGAGGCUCUCUUUACAUAUGUGAUUCAUCUUCUAUGGAUACUCCUAUUAGAAUUUGGAUUAUGGAGAAAUAUGGUGUUGAAGAAUCAUGGAGUCCGGUUUUCAGUGUUGAUACUAUGAGCAGACAUCGUUGGCCUUAUAGCGGUUUAUAUUGGUUUGUAAAACAAUUUAACAACGGUGCUGCUAUAUUGCUUUUUCAUUCCUCCAAUUGCUUUAUCUACUAUGAACCCAAAAGUUAUGGAUUCAAAGUAUUUAAGCUUCGUGGGGGUGAAUCAGCAUUCGAGGUUAUUUCUCAUAUUCCCAGUCUCACCUCGCUGAAGGGUGCUGUGAAAGGAGACAAUAUUGAGGUUCUGAAUGUCCACUCAAGGUGCGCAAAGUUUAAUUUGGAAGAAGAAAAUGAAGUUCUUUUCAUGGCUAAAGUGAAAGAAGUGACAAAUAUGCACUGUAUAUCGUCUGAUGAUGAAGAAUAGAUUGAAGAGUACACCUCCGAACAUGUAAUUGUCAUAUAACAAGAUUAUGCUUUUUCUUUAGUUUUGGAUUUUAGUGGUGGUAAUU